UUUGUAUAGGUUUCCUUACUUGUGUCUCUCCUACCUUGUUUAGGAUUGAGACUCCUCUUAUAUAUAUACAUGUAAUCACAACUCUUUUGAUCAAUGAAAAUCAUAAUUCUUCAUGGUAUCGGAGCCUAAUUAAACAAAAAAAAAAACCCUAACCCUACCUCUCGGCUCUCCCUCUCUCCCGCGGCAGACUCAACGCCGCGCCGCCGUCCCUCCUUCGACGUCGGCAGUCCCAGCGGCGGCACUCCCUCCCCCUCUCCCUUCGGCUCUCUCUCCUCUCUUCAAUGGCCGAAAGCGAGGUUACCUCCAACUCUACCCCGGCGAAAACCCCUCAUCUUGCCUUCACGACGGUCUUUAACGUCAAACUCCACGUUCCGGUUCUUCUUAGUCUCUCUCAACCGAACUACAAAAAGUGGAGUCGCCUUUUCCUCCUCUUGGUUCGCCGAUUCAAUCUCCAAGGCUACAUCAAUGGCUCCAUCGUCCCUCUCUCCGAAGACGACGAUGAGUGGCUCCAACUUGACGCUCUCCUCCAGGGAUGGAUCUUAUCCACCAUCUCCGACGAAGUCUCGGAUCUGGUUAUCUCAUCUGUCUCCACCGCUUCUGCUCUUUGGAAAGUUAUCCAUGAUCUUUUUCACGACAACAAGAAUGCUCGUGCCAUGCAACUCGAGCACGAGUUCCGUACCACUGUCAAAGGCAACACUUCUAUGGCGGCCUACUGUCAACAUCUGCAAAAUCUUGCAGACUGGCUAGACGAUGUGGAUGCCCCGGUGUCCCAACAUCAAUUGGUUCUUCAGAUGCUCCGUGGUCUCCCCGAUGAUUUGCAAGCCCAGACGUCUUUUCUUCAAUUUCAGGAUCCGCUGCCCACUUUUCUCCAAGCCCGCUCCGCUCUCAUGCUUUUGGACCGACAACGCAACCCCAUGGCCGACUUGAGAUCGUCGGACGGGAACCGUGAUGCAUCGAUCCAAUGAUAUGGGACCUCUCUACCCUGUAGGACGCACUACCACUGCACAAGCCCACGUCGCCGCUGCCGAUCCCCAGAUUUGGCAUAGG